AUUAUGGUCGUGUAUGGUAAAAUUGAAUUUUUACAGAUCCAGCGAAGAUCUUCUGGUGUUAAUUAGAAAAAAGAUGAAAGUUUUUGGAAUAAUUAACACGGUAAUGGUAAUAAUUCUAACGCCAUUAAUCACUGAUAAUAGAUAAUAACCAAAGGCUUCAGUAAUGGAAUUUGAGAGCCAAGCUGAGUCUGCAGAUCAGCCUGAUGCUGGAGCACCAGAAGGCAGAGAUAAGAUGGGCGAUGAUAAUCCUCAACCACCAAGUCCAAAUGCAUUGAAAGUGGCAGCGACUGAGUGCUUGAACAGUUGGAUUUCCUAUUUACAGAUUCUGAAUAGCUUGUGUUCUGCUGGGUUGAGGCUGUCUCAAUCAUUGAAUAAUUUAUCGCAGGCCCAAAAUAUUCAACUGGCAAAUCAGAAUGUCAUUGCUUGGGAUGAGUUGACUAAAUCCACUGUGGUUGCUAGUCACACUGUCAAGACCCAUAUAGCUGCAGCUAUGCAGGAUCUGUGCAUCGGAGAGACAUUCACUGAUAUUGAUGCACAGAGGCAGCAGGAGCACAACCAGCAGAUUAUUACAGAAAACUUGCUGACAUUUAUUAAUCUGCAGUAUCAGUUUUCUAUUGCAGGCUGUGAAUGUCUUGGAGCUAUGGCUAUGUGUCCUUCUUGCCAGACAAUGGCUGGAGGUUUGCAUGACCCAGAGUGCAGCAUGGCCAAUUUGCAGCAGUGUUUUGCACGACUCUACACGCAAGACUCCCGAUCGCAAAUGUCCAGUCCUCAUUUGUUGGAUAGAGGAUCCUUGGAUAGUCCAAAGGGAAGUGAAGUGCGAGGCCCUUCGCCUUUCAACGAAGCUCGAGGGCCGAGUCCAAUACAUAACUUCCCGGGUUUCAUUGAGACUAUCCGUGGGCCUCUACCCAAUCCUGGACAGUUGAUGAGCAUGAAGUCACCUUUUCCUGGACGAGGAUCCAGAUCUCCUCUGCACUUUCCGCUGUUUCCUCUGAGCGGUCAGAGAAGAUGGUCGGAGGCUGCGGCCGGAGAAGCGGUAUCUGGAGAAGGAGGUGACGGAGCUAUGAGGAGGUGGUCCAUGCCAUGGGAUUGCGGAAGGUACGAAACGCCUUGGCAUCACCGAUAUUUACCUUCGAGACUGACUGUUCCGAGUGGAGUUCCACAGGAAAGAAGUCGGAGUACCACACCAGAAAAUAUACCACAAGUUGGUACAAUUACGAGCGGCGAAGGAUUAUCAGAAGCUAUACAGCUUCUUUCAUGCAGGCCCAUGAAAUGCGUUGCAAUGCCUCAGAGUAGUGGUAUUUCUUCAUGGGGAGCUGAAGCCCACGACGAGAGGAUUAUGAAAAAAUAUCCAGGAGCAUUGCAAAGAGGGUGCUGGCAAUCCUUCGAUGCACCUCAGAGCAGCGGUAUGUCCGUAACAGAACAUUACGACAUCUUUCCUCCUGGCCUUCCACUCACUUCACGCAAAAGCAGUUCUUCCACUGAUUCCUCAUCUUGCCUAUCAAUACACAGCAGAUCCACCACCGGAUCAUCGGAAAAAGAAGGUGGAGGGGAUGCUUUGAGACUGCAUACCAAUCUAUACUCGAUGUGGAGUGGCAACGAGCAUCUACCUUUUAUAAGACUGCCUGAAUCGCAGGAGCCGCAGGACGACAGCGACACCGAAGACACCCCUACCGAUGCUAAACUGUUUCCUAAACCAAUUUGAUUGGAACUCGUUGCCUGCUACCAUAUACUUAGCUUUAAUAACGAUAAUCGGGUCCAAGCGAUUUAUUGGAAUAGUUACAAACAUUAGCAAUAUACGCAAACCAACUGCCAAAAAAAGAAAGAAGUAAAGAAUAAACGGGACGAAAAGAAGAAGCACCGUCGAAUUGUUUUACAAUCA